AUGUCUACUUGGACGCCGCAGCCUGCAGGUCUACAAGAGAUCUUGCAGACUAUACGCGACUCAACUGAUACGCAAGGCAAUGUACAACGAGCAAUCACUCAUAAAUUGAACACCUUUACACGUGUACCAGAUUAUAUUGCAUAUCUGGCUUACAUCUUAACCGCUCUCCCCCAAGAGGAAGACCAAAUCCGCACGAUAGCUGGGUAUCUAUUGAAGAACAAUGCACGUCUCCUCCUUAGCGUAUCUCCGGAGGUAGCCGAAUAUGCAAAGUCGGCUGUUCUUCAAGCCUUCGUCAGCUCUCCUCCUUUGAUAAGGAAUGCUGCCGGUCAUGAUAUUGUUGCAUUCCUUGGUGCGCUUGAGCCUAGAAAUUGGCCAGAUUGCUUGCAGCAGUUGGUGAAUAUGCUAGAUUCGCCUGAUCCAGCUCUCCAGGAGGCUGCUUUCAGCGUUUUCGAGAAAGCUUGCGAGGAUUUUCCUCGCAAAAUGGAUGUUGAGAUUAACGGAACGCGUCCUCUGGAUUACAUGAUCCCCAAGUUCCUCGUGCUAUCUGAGCACCCAAUGCCGAAAAUGCGGUCACAUGCCGUUGCCUGUCUUUCAUAUUUCGUGCCGAUUAAUUCUCAAUCCCUUUUUGCCCACAUCGAUGCCUUCAUCGCCUGCCUAUUCAAGCGCGCAUCUGACGAGGAUCCAUCUGUCCGAAGACACGUCUGCCAGGCUCUUGUAUUGCUUCUUGCAGCCCGCCCCGAGAAGUUGAUGCCGGAAAUGUCGAAUGUCGCAGAGUACAUGUUAUACUCGACCAAAGAUAAGAAUGAAAGCGUGGCCCUCGAAGCCUGCGAGUUCUGGCUCACUUUCGCCGAGGAUCCUGACCUCGCAGCAUUCCUCCAUCCUCUCCUAGGACGAGUUGCUCCAGUACUGCUCGAUUGCAUGAUUUACGGAGAGGAUGAUCUUCUCUGGCUUGAUGGCGACACAGAAGAUACCAAUGUCCCUGACAAGGAAACUGACAUCAAGCCACGUCAUUACGGGGGCAAAACACACGGUCUAGAUCGGGACCAAGCACAAGCUAAUGGACAGGAGCGGAAGCGAGGCGCGUACGGGGAGGAGACAUUGGACGAUGAGGAUGAGGACGACUACGAUCUUGAUGACGAUGAUUUUGCUGAUGAGAUGUCUACGGAGUGGAACUUGAGGAAAUGUGCUGCUGCUGCGCUGGAUGUGCUGGCUGUGAGGUUUGGGCCCGAGUUACUGAACGUGCUUCUGGGUCCUUUGAAGAAUAAACUCUGGAGUGCUGAGUGGUUAGAAAGGGAAAGUGGCAUAUUGGCAUUAGGCGCCAUGGCAGAAGGCUGCAUUGAUGCAAUUGAGCCUCAUUUGACAACCCUCGUCCCAUAUCUAAUCAACACACUUAACGACCCUAAGCCUCUUGUUCGAUCAAUUGCCUGCUGGACAUUGGGUCGGUAUGCAAGCUGGUGUACACAACCUAUAUCGGAGCAACAUAAGAACACGUACUUCGUCCCGACAAUGGAAGGCCUCUUGCGAAUGGUCCUAGACGACAACAAACGUGUACAAGAAGCAGGAUGUAGCGCAUUCGCGACGUUAGAGGAAGAUGCUGGGCCCGAGCUUGUACCCUAUUUGGAACCUGUCCUCCGGAAUCUGGUGUUUGCGUUCGAAAAAUAUCAGCACAAGAACACGCUCAUACUGUAUGAUGCUGUUGGCACAUUGGCCGACGCUGUCGGUAGGGCAUUGCAGAAUCCCGCAUAUGUGGAAAUCUUGAUGCCCCCUCUGACGUCUCGAUGGGCCAAAUUGUCGGACAAUGACGAUGACUUGAUUCCGCUUCUUGAGUGCAUUGCGUCCGUCACAAUUGCCAUGGGACCGGCAUUUUCCCCUUACGCACUACCUGUCUUCCAGCGCUGCGUGAACAUUAUCCACCAGUCUUUACUCAUGUAUCAAGCAUACCAGCAGAGCCCCGAACUCGAUGAGCCUGACAAAUCCUUCCUUGUGGUGUCACUGGAUCUCCUAUCGGGCCUUGCCCAGGGCAUGGGCAUGCAUCUGGAAACUCUCAUUGGGCAAACAAGUCCGAACCUUCUGCAGCUACUGACGGUGUGUCUCAAACACCCUCAGGCACCGGUCCGUCAGAGUGCGUAUGCUCUCGUCGGAGACCUUGCGAUGGGCUGCUUCCAGCUCCUACGCCCUCAUCUGCCUGCCAUCAUGGCGGAGCUUAUCGAACAACUUGACCCUGAGCCUAAGGUCGAGUUUAUCAGUGCAUGCAAUAACGCAGCUUGGUCUGUCGGGGAAGUAGCACUGCGCUAUGGGCGAGAUGACCUGGAGUUCCAGCAAUGGGUUAACCCCCUUAUCGCGCGUCUCAUUCCUAUCUUGCUGCACCCGAAGGCUCCACGCAGCCUUCACGAGAACGCUGCUGUGUCCAUUGGAAGGAUUGGGCUGAUGCACCCCAGUAUUGUCGCUCCCCAUUUGCCUGAGUUUGCACAAGCAUGGUGCUUAGCCUUGUAUGAGAUUCGUGAUAAUGAAGAGAAAGACUCUGCGUUCCGUGGUCUAUGCACUCUUGUGCAGACCAACCCAGCGGGCAUUGCUAAGAGUCUUCUCUGGUUCUGCAAUGCCAUCAUCAGGUGGCAUCAGCCCUCCGCAGAGCUGAAUUCGAUGUUCCAACAGCUUUUGUCCGGUUUCAAGCAUCACGAUGAAGCAGGUUGGGCCGCACAGGUUUCGAGCUUCCCUCCUGUAAUCCAGGAGCGCCUUGCUACGCGAUAUGGUGUAUAG